GCCCAUUGGAAAUUCGGAGGAAUCAAAUAUGUACCUGAUCUGAUCUCCCACUAUAAUAAUACUAGCAAGGGGCUGAAACCAAUCUAACACAACCACAGCAAUGGGCGGAGUCCUCUCUUCCUUAUUCGGCGGUGGCGCCGGCGCCGCUUCUGAUCCGCCGGAGUCUUCUCGGGUCCACACCUUCCACUCUCCGGCCCGCUGGCAGCUCCACUUCAAUGAACUCAAAGACUCUUCUGCCCUCUUGGUGAUAGAUUUCUCUGCGUCGUGGUGCGGGCCGUGCCGGUUCAUAGAGCCGGCGAUUCACGCCAUGGCUGAAAAGUUCUCCGACGUGGUUUUCAACAAAAUCGAUGUUGACGAAUUACCUGAUGUGGCGAAGGAGUUUGAGGUGCAGGCGAUGCCGACGUUCGUGUUGGUGAAGAGAGGGAAGGAGGUUGCGAGGGUUAUUGGUGCCAAGAAAGAUGAGCUUGAGAAGAAGGUUGAGCAGCUCCGAGCUUAGUAUUUAUCUAUCUUUGUAAUCUUUUGAAGUAAAAACGAAAUUGAUCAUCAUAAGUUAAAAUUGGACAUAUUUUGAUGAUGCUGAUGAUGAACUUGUAAAAUUUGAAUUUACUUCAGCAAAAAUGGAUAGUAUUUGACUAUGUGCUUGAUAGAAUGUCUUGCGUUUUUGUCAAGUGUGAUAAGAUUUGACAAAGAAGAAGAAGAAAGUUUAUUAUGUAAAGUUGUAUGAUUUUAUAGGGAAAAUGUCACAUGAAUGCCUUUUA